AUGGAAAACAAAAAACAAGUGAAAACGGUCCUCAGUAUACGUAACGGUGAGGAAGGACGUGAUGUACCCGCUCCGACGGCCACGCAUCCCGCACUGACAGGAGAGAGGUGGGAGUGGGGAAGAGUGCGAAUCAAUCGUGACACACAUCACGGAAGGGGCACCACAUAUGCCACAGCAACAGAAAACAUAUUUUGCGCCCUGAGAGACACAUAUCGCCUUGCGGUGGGCCCCCAGGCACCCUCAGGUGUAGACACACACGACGGAGUUUGUGAGUUUACUAUAAACAAAGAAAAUAAAAAAGAGAAUCGGCAACCAACAUUUCGCUUCCUUCCUCCGAUCUAG